UACUUUCUUUCCAUUCCCUCGCGUUUUUUUGUUGAUGCGUAAAUAAGAAGCAAAAUCAGCUGAUAAGAGCUAAACUAGGUGGCGGUGCUCUUCGAACGAAGUGUCUCGUGAUUAUUUCUUCCGCGCAGAGCUACCGACUCCGUCAGGUCAGACCCCGUCGCCAAAUAUACUCCCAUGUCGUGAAUAAGACUGUUGGGACAACUGCAUCCCACGACAUAAUCGUUAACUUAUAUGCCGUACAAUAAAUAACAACAUCAUCCACGUACAGUCAGAGACACGUAGACACACAUAUAUACACCCGAGACACGUUCCAGUGAGAUUGUCAAAGAUGGAAGAAGUCGUGAAGACAGAGUUGGGUUGCACCAUGGUGAAGAAGGUCGGUAGCAGUGCCGGCGGGUAUAUCUGCGGAGGAAACAUCUUUGAGACGGACAAAGGAAAGAUCUAUGUGAAGUUUAGCAACGAUUCUACGGCAAUGCAUAUGUUUGAGGGUGAAAUGGCCAGUUUGGAAUCAAUACUUCACACCAAAGCUGUGAGAAUUCCAAAACCAUACAAGGUAUUUAAGCUACCUGGAGAUGGUGCAGCCUUAGCCAUGGAGUAUGUCGACCUGAAAAGAGGAUUAUCUACUUUUGCAGCUCAACUAGGCCAGCAGAUGGCAGCGGUGCACAAACGCAACAAAGACUUAUACACAAAAGAGAAGAAGGAGAGCAACAGGCUCCAUGGUCACAGUGAUGGUGGUGAUGAUGAUGAUGAUGGCAAAGCACAAUACCAGCCUCAGUUUGGCUUCCAUGUGGAAACAUGUUGUGGUAGAAUCCCUCAACCCAAUGAAUGGAAGGACAGUUGGCCAGAACUCUAUGCGGCCAAAAUUGAUAGUCAAGUCACCCACUUGGAAGAAAACUUUCGGAAUCAUGAAGUCCGAGGACUCUGGGACCAGUUAUUGAGGAAAUACUCCACAUUCUUUGAGGACCUUCCUGAUAUUCACCCAGCUCUACUUCAUGGGGAUCUAUGGAGUGGCAAUGUAUCAGAGAAUGACGAGGGACCUGUUAUAUUCGAUCCAGCUUCAUUCUACGGACACUCAGAAUUUGAAUUCUCCAUCUCAAAGAUGUUUGGCGGAUUCCCAAGGUCCUUCUUUGACAGUUAUCAUGAAAUAAUUCCCAGGUCUUCCAAAUUUAAGCUCCGUGAAAGGCUUUACCAAUUAUUUCACUAUAUCAAUCAUUGGUGAGUAUUACCUUCUGGUUUUAU